AGAUGCUCAGCCACACAAACUGGGUUUGAAAGGCUGUGGAGUGCCAGUGUAGGCAAGUGGCAAAGAUGAUGAAGGCAAGGCUUCAGCAACCUUGUCUGCAAACCCAGCCCAGCUACCCCAUGCCUGGUGACUCUGCACAAACCCCCUGUGUCUGUGGGAUGGAUCAAAGGGACACUGAGGGGGACACCAGCUGUUGGCAGGAGAUAGGGAGCAGAGGAGGGCAGAGGUGCCAUCAGCUCCCAGAUGCUCCUGCCUCUGAGACAGUCAAGCAGGAGGGACAGAUGGGGCCACCAGAAGGGAAAGAAAAUGGGAGCUGCCAGCAGCCUGAGGGGCUCAAUGGGGACACAAGAGGACCCUCCCUGGAUGAUGAUGGCAGCCUGGCCUUGGUGUCUGAGCCUGCAGCCCCCCAGAAAAGCCCCAAGCCUGCCCUAGAGCCACCCCCCACAGCAUUCAGUCUCAUGGCUAACCCCAGCCAGGAGUGGAAAGUGGUGAAGAUCCAACGGGUCCUCAUUGACCCCACCAGCGAGCCUAGGAAAGCAGGUCUCUCCCGCAGUGCCAGCCUCUCAGAGAAGGAGCUGAAGGAGGCAAAGGCACGGAGCCAGAGGAUCGCAGCGCAGCUCACCACGGCACCCGGCCCCAGCUCCAAGGGCGUCCUGCUCUUCAACCGCCGCAAGCAGCGUGUGGAUGGCCUCACGGGGGCUGGGCGUGGCGGGGGGCAGCCGCUGAGCCCCGCACCGAGGCCUCCGCCCGCAGCCAUGGAGGAGAGUGAGAGGCAGGGCAUGAAGCCAGAGCCUGGCCAGCCCAGCACCCCAGGAGAGGGACUACGGGUGGGCACCUCCCCUUGCCAGGAGCUGCCCGCAGAAGCCCAACAAGUCCCAUUGAGCGUCUACCUGAAGGAGAACAUGGCAUUGGCUGCCACCAAUGGUGUGCAGGAGCAGGCAGCCAGCAGGAUGGAGAGUGGGGUGGGGAGGCCUGAGGAUGCAGCAGCCCCUACUGGGUCGAGCAUGACAACUCUUGUCCUGACACAGAGCCCCAAGGAGGGAAAGGCCAGUGAAGUGCCUGGAGAUGUGCCCAGUGAGGUGCCCAAUGCACCAGCAGGGACGGUCACAGGGGCAGCUUCGCCAGCCAGCCAGCAACAGAACGGGGCACAGAACCGGCAGUACUAUGAGGUCCAUCUCACCCUGGCCAAGCCCAAGCCCGUGAAGAACCGAACAGCCAGACCCUUUGGAACCCAGACAUCCCCUGCCAGCAGCCAGCCUGCAGAGGGACCCCCUGCCACUGAGAUGCCCCCACCACCCACCUAUGCGGAGACCCUGAGCAGCCCCCCACCACUCACCCGUGUCCGCUCACCCCCUGCCUACUCAGCCUUGUACCCUCCCUGGGAACAGAAGGUGCUGCCAGGUGCCCCCCUGGGCUAUGGAGUGAGUGGGCCAAACCCUCUGCCCAAAACAGGGAUCCUGGAAGAGUCAGCUGCUCGGAGAGCCAGCAAGAAGCCCAUGUUCACCUUCGUUGAGAAGCCGAAGCUGGGCCCCAACCCCGAUCUGCUGGACCUGGUACAGAGUGCAGACAGCAGGAAGAAGCAGAAGGAGCAGGGGGAGCCCAGUGUUGAGGAUGAGCCCUUUGCCCUCGGGGCUGAAGCUGCCAACUUUGUCCCCAACAGCAUGGCCAGGAGUGGGCAGCAUCUUCCAGUGGCUGAUGACGCUCCAGCUUGGUCCUCUUGCCUCAAGUCCCCCACCAUCAAGCCCAAACCAAAGCCACAGCCCAGCCACAACCUCACUGAAGCCAGAGGGAAGGGAGCUGAGCUCUUCGCCCGGCGGCAGUCCAGGAUGGAGAAGUUUGUUAUCGAAGCUCCCUCUCAGCCCGAGCUGCUGCGGUCCCCAUCACCCACAAUGUCCCUGCCUCCCUCCUGGAAGUAUGAUGUCAACGCUUGCCUUUCACCCAUGGUCUCCAGACACCCCUCUAAGAGUCCCUCUAGGCCCUCCAAAACCCCCCCAGCAUCUCUGUAUGGUGGCAAUCUGAUGGAGAAUGAAGUCUCACAGAAGGAGCUGGAGAUCUCCAAGCACCAGCCUUACCAGCUCCAGUCUUCGCUCUUCAUCCUCUCCCCAUCCAAGAGGCCAGCUAGGUCCAUGCCCCAGGAGGUGCCUCCACCCAGACCCUCUCUUACUGAUGCCUACACCUGCACCCAGCAAACCUCCUGUCCGACCUCUCCGUUACCUCCUUCCCCAGUCUGGCAUCCCUCCACCAUGCCCAGUGCUGGCCAGACCACCUCCAACCCCUUUCCCGGAGCGGAUGGGGCCCUGCCCCUGAAUCACAGCAGCCCUGCCAACCCAGGAGCCCCGGCCGAGGUGCUGCUGGCCUCCCCGUGCCGCUGCUGCCCCCCCCGAGCCAAGGCAGGCUUCCAGGCACCUCGGCCCUCCUACUCCACCAGGAACGCCGGCAUCGAGCCACAGGAAAGGCGGCCGUCCCUUCCCGCCUCGCCCACCUGGACCCCUCGGCUGGCACACCGCCCGGGCAGCCUGGAUGGCUGGGCCAGCCCAGCCUCCGUGCCCGAGCUGGACGAGGGACCCCCCAUGUCACCUCCGUGGAGCGAGAGGUCCCUGUCCCCGCUGCGGCAGGACACGGACCCCCGGGCCAGCCGGCAGCUGCAGGCUCGGCUCGCCAGGAACAUCAUCAACGCUGCCCGCAGGAAGAGCUCCGAGCCCGGCGCCGCGGGGCCGGAGGGCUCCCGGCCCUUCAUCCCCAUCCUCACCGGCCCCCCAAGCCUGCCCCAGUCCCCCCGGCCAACAAGGCUGGAGGGCUCCAGAGCCUUGGCACUGCAGGCUGCCAGCAGCAUGCCCGGGGGCCUGGGCACCCCCUCAGCCAUACACAAAAGCCCCCUGCGAUCGCCCCGGGCAGACGCCCCCCAGUUUUGUACCUCCCCUGGGAUGCCUCGAGCUGCCUGGGCAGAGGGUCGCCGCCUCCUGGUGCAACCCGGCGUGUCCUCCUGCCCCGUGCCCAGGCUGUCCCCCAGCCCCAAGAGUCCCCUGCCAUCCCCCGUGGUGGGCGGGCGGUCCCCGGCCAAGCGCUGCACCUCCCGGUCCCCGACGGACUCGGACGUCUCCCUCGACUCCGAAGACUCGGGGACCAAGAGCCCCGGAAUCCACAGCUUCAACCUCUGCCCCCGGGGCUGGACCGGCAGCCUGCACCUGAAGCCGGGGGGGCUGCCCUCGGGGGCCUCCUGCACCUCCUAGACCGGCCAGCCCCAGCCAGGUCACCCUCUUCCCGGUGAUGCCACCUGCUGAUCCCACACCGGGAACACCCCAACCCUGGAGGCUGAGGUCCCCACAAAAAACUGGCGUCCACACUCCUCAGCGGAGCUGCCGCAGCUCCUCGGCGUGCCAAGCGGUGUCAGGUGCCUCCUGCCCGCCCUCCAUCCCAUGGCCCAAUCUAUUUUUACCACCCUAACCUUUUGGGGCAGGACUGCCUGGUCAGCAGGUAGGGCGGGCAGUGGGCUGUGCCCAGCCCCCAUCAUGACUCUCCCUCUGCAGCUCUCGCCCACCAGCUGGCCCCACGCCCUGUGCCUCACAGCCAGGAUGGGGCUGGGCUCCGGGGUGCCCUGUGAUGGUCCUGUCCCCAGUGGCAAGCUGUAAGCCCAGGAUGCCACUGCAGUUCUGCUUUCCUGGAGUGGCACAGGCAGCACCGCUGCCCACGGGGGUCACACGAUGGGCAGCACGGCAGACACUCUCUCCCAGCCUCCGAGUCUGCCUGGUUUCAAUUUAAACCAGACCGGGGGGAGGGGGGAAGGUUUUUUUUUCACUCCUGCCCCUCCCCCAGUUCUUCAUUGCUUGCUUUUUUUUUUUUUUUCUUUAAAACUUGUGACCCUUUCUCAAAGGAGUUGCCCCAAAUCCUUCCCUGGUGACCAAGAAGAGUUAUUUAUUGCCACGUUAAGGGGACUGUUCAAGGGUGUCCUCCCACCCUGGCCCAGGCAGAGUGACAGCCUCAUUAUGUACCCUGCCGCUGUCCCCAUCCCUGACCCAGUCCUGCGGGAUGGAAGGUGCUGUGGCAGCCAGGGCAGGGGAGCCGAAGGGAAUGCCACAGGUUGCAGAGGGUCUGAAGGAUGUGUUGGUGUAGAAGACAAUGCUGAGAGUCUUGGGGACGAGCUGGUGUCCCCACAGGAAGCCCUGCAAGAGGGUAGAGGGACGGGCAGAGGCCACUUGAGGGCAGCAAUACCAGAGAGAGGUUUGGCAGCGGUGAUAGGAAGAGGAAGGGGUCAGGAUGGAAACAGCUACGUGGCAGAGCCUGGGAGAGCAAAGAGAGCCAAGGAUCCCCAGAGCACUGGGUCCCCUCACCCGUGGGUGAGCAGAAGCCAGCUGGGGUGCCAGGAGAUGGUGCAGCAGUGAUUGCAGCCACCCACCCAGGGGACACCUCUUUAGUACCAGCGAGACCAGGACUGAGAAAAGAGGAUGUGUUCGGGCUGCCAGGGCUCUGGCACGUUUCCCCUUCAAGGAACCCUUGCCACCCCAUUCCUUUCCCCAGGACACGUUGUCGUAGCCAGCCCAUCCCUGUUCCCACCCUGCAGCUGCUCUUCCCAGGGCACAGACCCCCACCCCUGCCCCACCUGCCACCACAACCCUGCACCACACAGAUGUACAUCAGAAAUAAACUGCCGUUAUCCCACC